UUUUGGACCCCCGUUUCCGCCAAUCUAUUCUUUCUCCUUCUACUUCUACCCUCGUUCCUCUUUUUCGUUUUUCCGCCCAACCUCCUCGCAUUCCCUCAAAUCAAACCAAACCAAACCGAGCGAAAUACAGAGAUUAGAUCUCACACCUGAAUCCAACCCACUGGAGAUCUCAUCAAUGGCUGCCGCUUCUGUUGCUCCUUCACCCCGUGAGGAAAACGUUUACAUGGCGAAACUCGCCGAACAAGCCGAGCGAUAUGAAGAAAUGGUCGAGUUCAUGGAGAAGGUUACGGCCGCCGUAGAGGCUGAGGAGCUCACCGUCGAGGAGCGUAACCUCCUCUCCGUUGCCUACAAAAACGUCAUCGGUGCUCGUCGCGCUUCCUGGCGCAUCAUAUCUUCGAUCGAGCAAAAGGAGGAGAGCCGUGGUAACGAGGACCAUGUCGCCAUGAUCCGUGACUACCGAUCUAAGAUCGAAUCGGAGCUUUCCUCGAUCUGUGAUGGCAUUCUUCGCCUUCUUGAUCAGAGACUCAUCCCUUCCGCCUCUUCCGGUGACUCCAAGGUCUUCUAUCUCAAGAUGAAGGGCGAUUACCAUCGAUACCUCGCCGAGUUCAAGACUGGCGCUGAGCGCAAAGAGGCGGCCGAGAGCACUCUCUCUGCUUAUAAGUCGGCACAGGAUAUCGCAAAUGCAGAACUCGCUCCAACACAUCCCAUUCGACUAGGGUUGGCUCUUAACUUCUCUGUCUUUUACUACGAGAUCUUGAAUUCUCCUGAUCGAGCCUGUACUCUUGCCAAACAGGCAUUUGAUGAGGCAAUUGCGGAGCUGGACACCUUGGGCGAGGAGUCUUACAAGGAUAGCACUUUGAUUAUGCAGCUGCUUCGUGAUAACCUCACCUUGUGGACAUCAGACAUGCAGGAUGAUGGCGCAGACGAGAUCAAAGAAGCAGCUCCCAAGCGCGAUGAUGAGCAGCAGUAGUUAGUUUAUUUAUUUGAAGAAAUAUUAGGGGUUCACUUCUCCUGCGUUCGUUUUUUAAUAGGAGAAGAUGCUUUGGUAUCAAUUCCCCCAGCUAUUAUGAAUUUUUAGUUCAUGGCUUGAUUUCUCUGACCUUUGGGCUGCCAAGUUCUGUUGUUUUGCUUCGUUUACUUUCUUCUAUCCUCGAGGGCUUGAAGUUCUGUAGUUGCGGUUGGGCCUGGCAAACUCUUGUUAUCUAUUGGUAGCUUGAUUUCCUUCUUUUAAAUGGGAAUUAGUGUUGAUGCAUCAAAACAGUAUUACUUUUCUAAUUAAUGAUGCUCUCUUCUGUUUAUGAGAUUCAAUGAA